GGGGCUGCCAGUAGAAUGGAAAGGGACAGAGAUUCGAAUACAGCCGCACGUGCGAGCGGCACACAUCCCUGCCCAAAUGAUCUCAAAACCCAGAAAGGGGAGAAGAGGACACCGGUCCAGUACGGCGAGAACAGGACAGGGCCACAGGGGACAGAAUGCGACCGAGGCGUCACAGUGAGUGGAUGGAUCCGUAUAGAGUACUUGCAAGAGGCGAAUGAGCUGCGUAAUGCCACAGAUAUGAGCGGCGGGGACAACAGAAACGCCACAGAUAUGAGUCAUACGAAUACAGGGAUUGCCACAGAUACCGAUAAGUCGAAUGUGAAGCCCGGUGUCCGGAUGGAGCCUUCAGGGAUUAGUUGUAGUAGCACCAAUCAGGUGCAGACGGGAUUGUGUUUGUUCGUGGUGCAAGGCUGCUACAAAAACGAGAAUGACCCAAAAGCUGGAACAUCGGACCAGAAAACGAAGAAUUUCGACCCGAAAUUUGGAUUUGGGUCCAGAGUUGGGUCCAAUCCUGAUGCUAUCAAAGCUGGAGCUGGGGGUAUAACAAAUACGAAGCGAUCACGAGCGACAAAACGCACAG